UAAAAGUGUAAAGUGGAAAGAUUACGCGAAAUCCCUGAAAGCCGAAAGCUACAACCAACGAACCAGCAGCCAUUGGUGACCUCUGACAAUCUGGCAGAGCUCCUCCAAAAAGUUUCCACCCAAAAAUGCUGUUCAUAAAAACAUUCGCCCUUCAUAGAUUAUGGCCUUGAGUCGUCGAGAUGUGAUCCUAGCUGGUAUCGCCGUAUUUUUUGCAUGGGGAUUCGCUACCAAUUGGAUCCCAACGUUACGCUGGGUUGGAUAUGCAUUUGUCGCAGGACUUAUCGUACCCGUCGUGGGGCUCAUAGCUUUGCUACUUCUCACAUCUAGAGGUUCCCAAUAUGCGGAAGAACGAAUUGUCCGUCGACCAAAAGGACCUGCAUUUCUGGCAGCGACGAGAUGGAAGAAGGAGAUAGCUGCGUUACGCACACGACAAAUUCACAUCCGAAAGCCGUUGGUUCCCGACUCGUUCGUAGUAUCAUGCGCCCUCGACGAUUUGUUAGACCUGAUACUUCGCGAUUUCGUGGCAUCGUGGUAUGGAAGUAUUAGCAAGAAUCCGACAUUUACCAAUUCGGUCGACAAGACGAUAAGGUUGGCUCUUGUCAAUCUGCGUGAGCGAUUCCUAGCUAUAGAUUUAGUGGAGGUUGUCACCACUCGUUUUGUUCCUAUUUUGACAGGACAUUUCAAGGAGUUUUAUAAUGCAGAGGUUGCUAUCAGAGGCAAGAAUUUAAAUCGGAGUGUUACGGAAUCUGACGAGCUGGACCUUGCGAUUGCCGCAAAAUACAAUGAUGGGAAGCUACAUCCUGCUGCAUCUUUGGCGUAUUCAGAUCUGAAGCUGGUGCAACAGGAAUAUCUGCGGAAUCUGACACAAAAGCUACUGCCAGAAAUUCUACCGGAGAGUGCUAUCGGGAGUCGUGCAGUGGGUGUUUUGAUCAGGGAAUUGUUGGCUUGUGCAGUCCUUUUUCCCAUUAUGCAGAUGCUUUCUGAUCCGGAUAUGUGGAAUCAGAUAAUGGAAGCAUAUGUAUGUACUCCGGAUUACUCAAUCUCACGGUUCACGGUUGCGCUAACAUGGUAUAGGGUCGUUCCAUGCUUCAGGAUAGGUCGACGGUACGAAAACUGCGAGCUGCUCUAGAUGAGCAUGCAUCACCUGCUCCUAAAUCAAAGCGCGCAGCACAGUUUCCAAGACUUUCUCCCGGGGAUCACGAAAGGAGGUUUGAAAAAUUUAUUCGUGCUAUUCGGAAGACCAACAAUUUAUCAGAUGCCAGAAGAUUUCGAAGUGAGGUAUCUAGUCAGUUUAAGAGAGAUGCUCUGAAGGAAGGACAAGAUCCGGUAUACUUGCGACGACUUGACAUUGGAAAAAGGGUUUUGGAUGAAAGGGUUAAUCAAUUGGCUGCCACAGGUGGUCGUGGAGCUCAAGUGUCGCAACCGGGUCGUAAUGGCGUUCAAGCUUCGAAGCUCGAAAAUGCUUCACUUGUGGAUCUUCUACAUGAUCCCUCUGGUCUUUCAUACUUCAUGGAAUACAUGGAUAGACAGAACUGUAUGUCUCUCGUACAGUUUUGGAUUGUGGUCGAUGGAUUUCGAAAUCCUCUUGAAGAUGAUGGUGCAGAAGACGAUGAAGUUCCUACUACUAUUGCUCCUUGGACCGACGCUGAUAGAACGGAUCUUGCCCAAAUAAAUGAUGCGUAUCUUUCCAAACCAGAACUUAAAGUUCCAGAGACAUCGAGGCAAAUUGUCCAGGAAUUUCUCAAGGCUGGAAACAAGGCAACCUCAAAGCAAUACUUCAUGGCUAGAAGAGCUAUCUUACGCGCUCAAACUUCUGCACUUGAAGUAAUGCAAGACAAAUUUUUCCCACAUUUCAAAAGAUCAGAUCUUUUCUACAAGUGUCUUACAUCUCAGGAAGCCGCGAAGGAGAGGCAGCCUUCCCCUGCACCGUCCCUUAACAUGGAAAAUACAAUGCGAAAACCUGCGAUAGUUCCUAGGGCAAACAGUACCAUGACAGUCAACACACGAUCGCCUUCUUUCUCGAGAGUUUCAUCAAAGCUGGUUCCUAAGAGAGCGGAUUUGCGAAGGACUGCCAUGUCUUUCACCGAUUUGACCACUCACCAACCAGACCAAAUGUCAAAUUCUCGGGGUUCUCUGGAUGAAGAUGCUCCUCUAUUUGACGAAGAAGAUUUGGAUAGCGAUGCAAUGGCAAACUCAAUCAUGAGCCUUGAUCAGGAGCCUGGAGUAAUUGUACCAGAUAACAACGUUGUGCAAGCCAUGGAAGCAGCCCUGAAUACCAUUAUGGAAGAUAAUCCGGACAUUGAUGACCUUCGAAGCUCACUUUUCGGUCCCAAUGACAUUUUAGACUCGUCAGUUCCAAGUCUUAACUCUACAUCAAACGACAUCUCAAACAGGAGCUCAAGUGAUCAUAAGCGCGCCGAUCUAUUUGGAUUUGAGAAUGGGAAGGGGGUAGACAGACAUGAACGAACGGAAAAGCCAAGCAUAGCAUCUCUCGGCCUUGUAAAUACUUCAUCUAGAAUUGGUGUUUUCACCGAUAACGAUUUAUUUGGGGAUGAAGAAAAAUUUCUUUCUGACGAACAUGACGAUCCCGAGAAAGAUGAGGAUGAGGAUACUCAAGAUGAAGUUCAUGAAGCAGCUCCUGGAGAUUUAGGUCUAGCAGAGGCUAUCACGAUUCUUACCACUGAUAUUGAUCGACUUAUAGCUCAAGAUGCUGUCGUAGAUUCACUAACAAGGAAAGCAGAACUCACCAACAAUACAGCCGAGCUUAGAAUUCUCCGGAAGUCUAAAGCUAGUCUAGAGCGAGAGAUUCGUCGUAAGGAACUCCAGAGGCAGCAAUAUGUCAUUCAAGAGAGUGAUAAUAGUCUUUACGGACGUUCAACAAUCAAAAUCAAGUCAAUCAUGGUUGGAAAAGAGGAUGAUGGCCGAGAGUACGCCGUUUAUGUUAUCGAAGUGCAAAGAAAGGCUGGAGAACAAAUGCCGGCCGCUACUUGGACAAUUACUCGUCGCUACAGUGAAUUUCAUGAACUUCAUCAACGAUUAAGAAUCAAGUAUCCAUCAGUAGGACAUCUUGAUUUCCCUCGUAGACGAAUGGUUAUGAAAUUGCAAGGUGAUUUUCUUCAAAAGCGACGUGUGGCAUUAGAGAAAUAUCUUCGAGAAAUUCUUCUGCUGCCAGAUGUAUGUCGAAGUCGAGAAUUGCGUGCAUUUCUUUCACAAAGUGCUCUCGCUCCAGACUUAGAAGACACGGAUGCUAUCGACAAUAAGAAAGAUAUCAUAACAAGGUUUUACAACUCAGUAACAGAUGGGAUGGAAGAUAUCCUUGGAAAUAUUCCAGUCCUAGAUCAACUUUCGGUCGCAGGACAAAACCUUUUAUCAGCAGCUACUAAUCAACUCAUUACCAUGCCCGGGACAAUUAGCGAAGAUCCCCUAACAGCAGCCGAAGCAGAAGCCGAACUCAAUGCAUUUGAGGACCGCGAACUCGAACCCUUCGUAAAACCUAUUUGCGAUAUCUUUCUCGAAGUCUUUGAACUCAAUCGUGGAAAUAACUGGUUACGUGGUCGUGCAGUCGUUGUCGUUCUUCAUCAACUCCUAGGUGGAACAAUCGAAAGGAAAGUCCGUGAAAAUGUAAAGGGCCUUGUACAGGAUGAUAUGUUGAUGAAGUAUAUAUCGAUAUUAAAGGAAUCAAUGUGGCCUGGAGGACAGAGGAAAGUGAAUGGUAAAGUUAGGACAAUGGGCGAGAAGAGUAAGAGUAGAAAGGAAGCGAGUCUGAUGCUCGCUACGUUGAUACCGGAAUUGGCGGGAAGCGUGGUGGGGAGAGUUAAUGCUCAGGCAGCCAGUAGAAGGAUCUUCGCUACGUUUAAUAAUCCGAGGUUGAAGUGAGUUCUUUUCUUUUCUUCAUAUUUUGUCUGGUAGAGGGAAUGGCGAUUGUCAGCGGUAGGUGGGCUACGGUUGGGGAAGGGAAGAGGCGGCAGUGAUGAAACGAAACUAAUAGAAGUAUAGUGCACAUCUAGCGUUUACGCUAUUAGAUGAAAUCAUCGAUGUUUUAUUUGGGGAUUUAAAUGCAUAAAUAGCUUUAGCAGAGGCGUUGGGAUGGUUGACUUGUUGGUUGGUUUCACUGAAUGCAUUUUUGAUAUGGAGUUUGGAGACUGAAAUUGAACAUGAGAAUGAUGGUUAUUUGAUGGGUGGAUGAAUGAAUAAAGUGGUAGAUAUGGGUUUGGGUGUGUUUGGGGAAUAGGGGAAGAGGGGUGUGGUGUGCGUCCGCGUCUGCGUGUGGUGUGGUGUGGCGU